UGGAUUGGAGCCCUUCCAAGCAAGUUUAUCGUAUUUUAGAUGUGGCCUUGGUCUAACUAAAUUUUAACCUGCCCUGUUCACUCCCCUUUAAUAGAACUGAAACUUAACAGACCUCUUGAAUAACACUUUAUUUGCUUCUGAGGAAACGAAACCUAUCACACAGUAACUUUCCACCAGAUAAAAAAUGGCUCAGCAAGGAUAUCAGAUGGAUUCUGUGAAAUUCUCCUGUUCGAUCUGCUUGGAUCUCCUUAAAUACCCGGUAACUAUCCCCUGUGGACACAACUACUGCAUGUACUGUAUUGGAUCGUUCUGGGAUGAGGACAAGAAAAGGAUCUACAGCUGCCCUCAGUGCAGACAGGCGUUCACAUCGAGGCCUGAUUUAGUGAAAAACACCAUGUUAUCAGAGUUGGUGGAGGAUCUGAAAAAGACUGGACUCCAGGCUCCUGCAGCUGAUCACUGCUAUGCUGGACCUGAAGAUGUGGCCUGUGAUGUCUGCACUGGGAGGAAAAAGAAAGCUGUUAAGUCCUGCCUGAUUUGUUUAGUUUCUUAUUGUGAGAAUCACCUGCAGCCUCACUAUUAUGUCUCUGCAUUGAAGAAGCACCAGCUGGUGGACCCCUCUAAGAAUCUCCAGGAGAACAUCUGCUCUCGUCACGAUGAGGUGAUGAAGAUCUUCUGUCGUACUGAUCAGCAGUGUAUCUGUUAUCUCUGCACCAUGGAUGAACAUAAAGGCCAUGAAACAGUCCCAGCUGCAGCAGAAAGGACUGAGAAGCAGAAGGAGCUCCAGGAGAGACGACGACAAAUCCAGCAGAGAAUCCAAGAGCAAGAGGAAGAUGUGAAGCUGCUUCAACAGGAGGUGGAGGCCAUCAAUGGCUCUGCUGAUAAAGCAGUGGGGAACAGUGAGAAGAUCUACAAUGAGCUGAUUCAUCACAUCCAGAGAAGAAGCUCUGAUGUGAAGCAGCAGAUCAGAUCCCAGCAGGAAACUGAAGUGAGUCGAGUCAAAGAGCUUCAGAAGAAGCUGGAGCAGGAGAUCACUGAGCUGAAGAGGAAAGAUGCUGAGCUGGAGAAGCUCUCAAUCACAGAGGAUCACACCCAGUUUCUCCAGAACUACCCCUCACUGUCAGCACUCAGUGAGUCUACACAUUCAUCCAGCAUCACUAGAUGUCCUCUGAGAUACUUUGAGGAUGUGACAGCAGCUGUGUCAGAGCUCAGAGAGAAACUGCGGGACGUCCUGAGAGACACAUGGACAAACAUCUCAGUGGCAAUUACUAAAGUGGAUGUUUUAAAGUCAAAACCGGAACCAUGCAGGAUUAUAGACCAGAAAAUCAGAUAUGAACUACCUAAACUAAAUGGCAAGCUCCUAGACCAACUAAAGAACAUGCAAAUAACAGCCGCUGUAGCAGAUUGUACGCUUUCGUCGUCAGAACAACAGAAAAGAGCUUGGUUCUUAAGGCAUGCACGGAAAAUCACUCUCAAUCCAAACACUGCACACAAAUAUCUCAAAUUAUCUGAAGGCAACAGAAAAGUAACAAUGACGACUGAAAACCAGCAUUAUCCAGAACAUGACGACAGAUUCACUAGCAGGUGGCAGGUCCUCAGUAAACAACGUCUGAGUGGACGUAUUUACUGGGAGGUGGAGUGGAGUGGGAGAGGCAUUGAAAUAGCAGUUGCAUAUGAUGAGAUAGAAAGAGAAGGAGACACAGAGGAGGCUACUUUUGGUAUGAAUGAGAACUCCUGGGCAUUGUGUUGCAAGUCAAAAAACUACACAUUUUCAAGUGAUGGUUGGGAGGCGGAUAUCCAUGAAUCAGUUCCUGUUUCCUCCACAGUGGGAGUGUACCUUGAUACCAAAGCAGGGAUUCUGUCUUUCUACAGCGUCUUUGGGUCUAAAAUGAUUCUCAUCCACGAAGUUCAGACCACAUUCGAUGAGCCUCUAUAUGCUGGGGUUUGGCUUUCACGCUCAGUAGGAACCACUGCAGAGUUCAUUCAGUUAAAAUAGAGUAAUAAAUGAAACAAUCUUGAUAACUUUUAAA